AUGUCAACUAAAGAAAAUACUACAUACGAUGUCGUUAUUAUUGGUUCUGGGAUUUCCGGGAUCAAAGCCGCUUCUCAUUUAUUUAACAACGGAAUCACAAAUAUUAAAGUGCUAGAAGCUAGAGACAGAGUGGGUGGAAGAUUACACUCUGUUCCUGGUUUAAAUCAUGACAGAUAUGAUUUAGGUGCUUCAUGGCAUCACGAUUUAUUAAUCAAUCCAUUGUUUAAAGAAGAAUUACAGCUAAAAAAAACUGGAUUAAAUACACCAUUUGUUUAUGAAGAUGACUUACCAGCAAUUUUUAACAACGAUGGUGAAAGAUUAGAUGAUAAUUCUAAAUACAGGUUAGAACCUAUAUUGGAUGAAUUAUCAACUUUUAUUGAAAUUAAAAAUGAAAAUGUUGAACAAAAUGGAAAUGCCAAAGAUACUUCCUUGUACAGCUCUGUUAUUGAUUAUUUAGGCAAAUACAAGGAAACCUUGACUGAUAAACAAAUUGAAUACGUAUAUGGUACUGCUAGAUUUGCUGAAUUGUGGCACGGUAUUAGUUGGAAAAAAAUUUCCAGUCUAGAAAGCGUAGGUGGCCAUUAUGGUAGAAAUGCCUUGAUUGAUGGACAUAAGGGGAUAGUCGAUAGAAUCGUUAGCUUGGAAUUCCCAAUAAAGACAUUUUAUACUGAUGAAAUAUGUGAACUGGAUGUUCAAGUCACCAAAAUUAAAAAAACACAGUCUGAAAAAAAACUCAUAAAAAUUGAGUAUUUGCAGAAAAACAAGGUUAAGAAGGGAAUAAAGGCCAAGUAUUGUAUUGUGACUGUUCCAUUAAGUUUGUUGAAAGCUUCUGUCAACGCAUCUGAGCACAAUGACAAGGGAACCAUAAAAUUUGAACCCCCAUUUAACUUUAAUUUAACAAGCGCUUUGAAUAAAAUUCAUUAUGGUGCUUUAGGUAAAGUCUUUUUUGAAUUUGAUAAAUGUUCCUGGAGUACAGAAAAGAGUAGAGUUUUAUACAUCGGUAAUACUAGUUUGAGAACUGUUGAAAAAAUUAAAAGCAAUAAAAUCGGUGAUAAGGAUUCACAAAUCGAGAGUGUCCAAAAUAGUUUGGACCAUCCAUUUUUCUUCGUUAAUUUAGCUAGAAAUUUAGGUGUCCCAACGAUUUUGAUGUUAACUUCACAACCAGUAACCAAUCACAUGGAAAGCUUUAGAAACGAUGUUACAAAAUUGUACAAUUAUUUUAAACCUGUAUUGGAAAAUUUAUUCAAAGCUUUGGGUGCAGAAAAACCUCCGGUUUAUUGUCCCGAUGCUACAAGUGUUGCUGAUGACGGUGUAUCCGUUUUGAAAAACGUUAUUACAACUUCUUGGACCUUAGAUCCUUAUGCUAGAGGUGCAUACACAGUUUCUAAUCCCGGUGACGAUUUAGAAAAUUUUGUAAAGACCAUUACUUUAGGUCAUGAAAAAACCAUUAGAUUUGCUGGGGAACACACAAUGGUUGAAGGUAACGGAUGUGCAUGGGCAGCCUGGGCUAGUGGUAUUAGGGAGGCAGAUUUUGUUAUUAAUGAUUUAAAUAAGCCUUUGGGCAAAUUGUAA